UCGCAUUACGUACACACACACACACAGAUAUAUACAGAGCAGCACGAGACAGCAAUAUGGGUUUUAUAUACACUCUCUCUCUUCCAUGUGUUGUCUCUACUGAGAGGCACGGGUGCACGUAAAUACGCACAUAGUGUUAGUUUAAUCUAACCCCCGCCUCUCUAAUUCUGUUGUUGUUUUGCCAACAGAGAAGCAGGAAAGAAGGGGGGAAAAAAAGGUGAAGAAACCCAAAAGAAAGACUCAUGUAUGGGGGAAGUGAAAUAAGCAAGAAGGAUAUUUAAACGUUUGAAUAAUGGCAGUAUCAUCUGCACCACUGCCGACUUUGAACAGUAAGAAGAAGAAGAAAAAGAGGAGGGCAACCGUGUGUACAAUAAAUAAAUGACUACACAGCUCCCUUUCUCUCAUUGCAGGGCCUCUUCGCCACUGUCUUGUUUAUGAUUUCCAUUGGUACUCGCUAAUGAGGGAAAAAGGAACCACAUAAACGUAAUCCCUCCGAAAACGAAGUCUCAAGAUGUCAGAUAUAAAAUAGGCAGUUUUAAAACUUCGACCAAAGAGAAAGAAGCAAAGUUUAUUUCAUUACUUUUCCUAUUUAUGCGAAAUACUCCUCGCUUUGUAGUGAAGCCAUUGACAGACUUAAUACUGCUGUCAACAUAAGAGAAGCCAAGUGGUUGAAGGGUGGCAGAAAGUCGAUGAGCAAGUUUUGGUCAACCCUAUGACUUGUGGCUAAUUGAAUUGACCAGGUCACUUGAAGAUUCAAUGCACUAUGGAUAAACCUAGCAUCUCUAGAAAAGUCCUUCGCUCUCCUAACCUACGACGGAAGAGAAAUACCGUCCCUGUCGACCAACGGGUUACUUUGGAGAAAGUAUUAGGAUUAACCAUUAGUUCAACAGCAGGACUGACAUGUGACCCAAAUACUGGAGCUAUUGCCUACCCUGCAGGCUGUGUUAUCACCAUCUUCUAUCCACGUCGCAACAAGCAAACUCACAUUUUCAAUGCUUCCAAGAAAACCAUUACUGCGGUUGCUUUUUCUGGAGAUGGCAAACAUCUUGUUAGUGGAGAGAGUGGUCAUCAGCCUGCAGUCAGAGUCUGGGAUGUUGAAGAGAAGGUUCAAAUCGCCCAGUUUCAUGGACAUAAGUUUGGCAUCAACUGUGUGGCUUACUCUCCAAAUAUGAAAUAUAUUGUUUCAAUGGGAACUCAGCAUGAUAUGAUUGUAAAUGUCUGGAAUUGGAAAACCAACAACAAAGUAGCAUCAAAUAAAAUAUCUUCCAAGGUCAGUGCCGUAGCAUUCUCUUCUGAUGGAAGCUAUUUUGUAACGGUUGGAAGUAGACACGUGAAGUUUUGGUACAUGGCCAGCAGCAAUUCAAAGCCUAGACGAGCAGGUUCUAUGAUAAAUGAAACAGUUCCAUUAAUGGGCCGUUCAGGAAUUCUUGGUGAACAGAAAAACAAUUUCUUCAAGGAUGUGGCCUGUGGUAAAGGUGCUAUGUCUGCCUAUACUUACACAAUAACACAGUCUGGCUUGCUUUGUGAGUUCAAUGAGAAACGUUUGCUUGAAAAAUGGGUUGAGUUACGGGCGAAGAAUGCAACUGGUAUGGCUGUUGGAGAAAAGAACGUAUUUAUUGGUUGUGCCAAUGGUGUGAUCCGAGUGUUUGAUGCUCAGAAUCUUCAUUUUGUGGCUUCCCUUCCCAAGCCUCACCCUCUUGGGGUUGAUGUUUCAGCAGCUGUCAAUAUCAGCCAAGUGUGUCCGAAAACAGAUGCCCUUUAUCCUGAUUCUAUGGCUUUAACUUAUGAUGAUAUUAAUAAAAAGAUAACCUGUGUCUAUAGUGACCACAGUCUGUAUAUCUGGGAUGUUCAUGACAUAUACAAAGUUGGUAAAAUAUGGUCUACAUUAUACCACUCGGGGUGUAUUUGGGAUCUAGAGAUAUAUCCAGCAGCAGAGAAAAAUAAAAACACUUCAUGUCUUCCACCUGGUUCCUUUAUUACUUGUUCUAAUGAUGAUACAAUACGGGUUUGGAACAUCAGCCAGCAUAUUACGGAAUUGGGGCCUUACAGAAGAAACAUAUACAGCCAUGAACUUUUGAAGACACAUUACACAGAUCCUUGUUAUUCUUUUCUCUGUGAUGGGGACGGCAAUGCAGGUGCAGGAGCUGAAAAGUCUGAGGAAAAGAGGAAAAAUGGGAUCCGGGCAAUUAAAAUCAGCCCAGAUGGUCAGUGUCUGGCUUCAGGUGAUCGGAUGGGAAAUAUUAGGAUCUAUGACUUGACAGAGAUGAUAGAAACCAAAGCAAUUGAAGCACAUGAUGCUGAAGUGUUAUCUCUGGAAUAUUCUCCACUACACACAGAACCUCGACUGUUAGCAACAGCAAGCAGGGAUCGGUUAAUCCAUAUCUUUGAUGUUGAACAAGAUUAUGGACUGUUACAAACACUAGAUGACCAUUCCUCUUCCAUCACAGCAGUCAAGUUCACCAAAAAUGAUGGUCAGUUUCGAAUGCUAAGUUGUAGUGCUGAUAAAUCUCUUUUGUUUCGAAAUGCACAGUUGCAUCCAGAGUUUCAGUUUAAUCUUCAUCAGCAUCUUGUGGGUAAGACAACUCUGUAUGAUAUGGAUGUUGAUGCCACAGAAAAGUUUGUAGCCACUGCUUGUCAAGACCGGAAUGUAAGGAUCUAUAAUAUCAAAUCAGCAAAGUUAAAGAAGAUUUAUAAAGGAUCUGUCAGUGAUGACGGAGUACUUAUCAAAUUGCAGUUGGAUCCUUCCGGAACAUACAUAGCAACCAGUUGUUCAGAUAAAAAUUUAUCUCUUUUUGACUUCUACACUGGAGAGCUUGUAGCCAGCUUCUAUGGACACUCUGAGAUUGCUACAUGUUUAAAAUUUACUAAUGAUCUCAAGCAUCUAAUUUCAGUGUCUGGAGAUGGUUGUAUAUUUGUCUGGCGUCUUUCACCCCAUUUAACAAAGCAGAUGAUGCUGCGGAUGGAGGAGAAAGGUAACUUACCUAAAGAAAUGUUAAAUGGCACCUCUGUUCCUCUUCAAAGAUCUCUUCUCAACCCGGUGACACCUAUUAGACCAACUUCUCUCACGGAGAGAGACAGCAACGAAAUUUUCCCUUUGCAAAGAAAUUCUGAUUUUGUAACUAGCAGCCCCUCCAAUGGACACGGUAAUAGCGUUGCCCCUGUCUUUCUACAAGAAUCAUUAGGGAAGAAUGAUACUGUAGAAAUGACAUCAGGUGGAGGGUUUGGUACUGUUAUUAACCCAGCUAAUUAUCGUAUCAGUAUUGGACAGCUUCCUAGUUGGGCAAAGCUUAAGACUGACAACCAGGGCGUAAUAUCUGUAGAAGAACCUCAAAGCCCUACUCAACCACGUGGAAGAUGGGCUCAGAGAAUAGACAAUAAGUCUAUGAAGUCAGUACUGGAUAACAACCAGAAUAUAGAUUCAUCAGAAAUGAAAGGAUACCGGCAAGUGGCUUAUAAUACAGAUAUUGUGUUUGAGGAAGACAGCAGCCAGUCUCAAGUUGAUUCCCAGGUAGAUUCCCAGUUGCUUGCUCCCCAACCCAAGGCUACAUGCUCUGCUUCCUCCUCCUCCUACUAUGCUGCUGCCGCUGCCACCACUGCUGCCUUAUCAAGUGUCAGGAACAAUUCUAUCAUUAGCAUUGAUGACCACACAGAUUGUGCUGAUAUUGAAGAUGAUGAUGAUGAAGAUUUUAAACCCGUGAAAACUAUUGAAUCCAAAUCCAUGACCUCUGGUGGAACAAACGACUCAAACAGCGAGAAAGAGGGCGACAACUUAAGCUUUGAUGAAGUAGAUGAAAUCGAUAGUGCCAGUGACAACAGUGAUGUGAUUUAUAUGCCGAAUCACAGUGACUUGGAGUCUCCUGAGAACAUACCCAGUAACUUCCAAGUGUUUGCACCAUCUAGUAGGUCUAUAUUCAUACCAAAUACCAAUAGAACCAGUUUGUCAAACAGCACAACAGGUGAGUCUCACGGUAAUGAUGAUGAUGGUGGUGAUGAUGAUGAAGACCUGGUUGAUGAAGUUGGCUCUUCCUUGUCAAAUGCCAACACACCAACAGAAGUUGAAAAAGAAAUUAUGUGGAAGACGCCAGAAAAGAAAGAACAUAGAAUGUCGACUAUUCAAGCCUCCAUGUUGAAUUUGGUGACUUUUGUCAAAGACAACUUUGAAAGUUUGAGUUUUUCUCCAUCGAAUACUGACCACUUCCUACAGAAACUUGAUGUCCUUGAACAAGAAAUGCACGACCACCUAAACAGCAGUACACCUCGACUCAGUAUAUCUGCACGGUUCUUAUCUCGAGCUCAACCAUCUGGAAUCAAAAACCUUGCUUUAUAUAAUAGUAUUCAAAGACAAGAUAACUGGUAUGAUCCCCUUCCUACUCCUUCACCUUCUCUGAUUCUGUCCAAUCACCAAUCACAUGUGUCAGUCCGUCAGAGCACACAGCCUUUGCAAAGAAGCAAAGAUAUCAUGGCUCGUGCUGCUUCUGACACAAAAAAGAACUUGGAAGUAUUGGGAUGGAAAACUGAGUCAGCCCCUUCACCAGAGAUCCUUACUAAAGAACCAUUUGGAAAGUCUGACUUUGUUCCAGGGAAGCUCAACUUUAAUGAAUUUAGUCCUAAACGUACUCGGGAUAAAGAAGUAUUUGAACGUUUAAACAGCCAUCGAGAGAGAACCUCAAGUGGAUCAAGUUCUAGUCGAAGUGGACAAGAAAAUAUUGGAAAGCCUGGAUCUGGGUGUCAAACCCCUACACGUCCUGUUCGCCGAAGUUGGUCAACAAUGGAUUUGACCCAAAGCUCGCCUGCUGAUAUAUCUGCUCAGCACUCUGGUCGCAUGCAAAGCCCGGUCAAACGGAGCACGUCACCAAAGCCUCUCUCCAAAUAUGUGAGUCUCUUUGAGUUACGUAUAGAUGAAAGUGAAGAAGACACACCUCAAUCACCGACCAGCAAGUCACUCAAGUCCAGGUUGUCCAUGGGUAACAAGAGAAAUAAAGCUGACCGUUACUCGAUAUCCACCAGUGAACCAAGCAAGUCUUCCUCUCAAACUCGCAGCUCAUACAGCCAGCAAACGAAGAGCUCCAUGGCUAAAAUGAACCGGCAGAGUUUAUAUGAAACCUCUUUCAGCAAGAAAGACAAAUCGUUGUCUAUAUAUUCCAAAGAUGGCCAAGAUGUAUCAAAAACUUUGAAAGAUCCUAAAAAGAAAAAAUAUAAAAAGAAUUUACUCUCUAACAACAUGGUGCCAUGUUUGUCCGUUCCCAACCUCACAUGUAUAGACGACGAUGAGACUCUGCCCCCUUCUAAUCUCCAGAUUUUAUGUGACUUAUCCCUUUCUCACAGUGUGCCUGAAGUUAACACAGUUGAUGAUCAAGGUUCUCAAAGUAGCAGAACAUCUAGCGAUGCCCAGUCUACAGCAGCCAGAAACAUCAAUGAUGGGUUUUCUUCUGAAGCUAAGGAAAGUCCUUCACUUUCAGCAGCAUCCAAACGGCGAAUAACCAUUGGUUGUGCACCAGAUGAUACUAAGAAAGGGACUAAAAACUCUUCUGAUGCUGAUCUUAUGCCACCACCUCUGUCCACUACAUUAAAUUCACACCGGAAAGAUACCAGCAAACGACCAAUUAAUCGAAAUCGUAGGCCUCAACCUGAAUUAACGUUAGACCAAGCCAAAAAUAUCCUUUUGGGUAAAUCUGGUGUGCUUGGGAAAAAUUCUUACAAAAUGCCUGAGCACAACAAAACUUCUACUGCUGCAGAAGAUUCUUUAAGUAAAGAAUCAGAUUUACAAGAAAGUUCUAGAUCAUCUAAUCUGACCAAUAAGCCUGAUUCUAUUGAACGCCGUUCCUCAACACCAGGUCUUCAUCUUGGAUCUGACAGGCCUCACAGUCCUGCUAUAUCUUCCAGAGCUAUAGCAUUAGGUUUACGAAAUCGGGAAAUAAAACCCAAAUCAUUUCUUGGAGACCUUGCACCAAGCCCCAACGAUCCACCUGAAAGAGACAGCCCUUCUAAAUUAAUUUCCACUUCACCAUCUUUCCAGACAAAUAUGGGACCAAACAGUUUGGGAUCAAAAUAUCAAACUCCACCAUCAGUGUCUUCUCUUACUAUCCAUAAGGAUAGCGACCCCAAAUGGACCAACUCAUUAAGUUCUCGAAAAUCUAGUGGAUCAGAGUCAUCAUCUGAAUCUAACAAACUUUUACCUAGUGUCAAAAGCAAAGUAGCCAUGUUUAAUGCUAGUUCCAGUACAACGCGGCGACCGUCUCUCGAGAAAUAUUCAUCGCCCAUGUUACGAUCUGUUGAAGGCUCUAGUACCUCUCAUGGCUCUGAUAGCGACACAGAGAAAGAAAUCAAACGGCCUGACAAAUCAAGAUCUCACUCCCCUGCCUCUCUUAUAACAAGCAGUCAUAUCAUCAGUAGUCCUGCUAAUGUUGCCCUUACAACACCAAUGGAAUCUGUUCCUGUGUCUCCAAAAUCAGAGAGUCCUCAGUUACAGUUGCCCUUAAAGAAUAGCCCCCAGUCUUGGGAUAUACCAUCGAAAGCUGUGCUAGUCUUAAACCAACUUCAGAAUGCUGAUCUUUCUGAUAAACUGGAGGCUUGCAAGAAUGUCAUAAAAGAUUUGAAACUGGAUGUUGAUAAAUUGUCAUUGAUGUAUGAAAAGAUGUCAAACCCAGAACAAAGCUCCCAAGAGAUCUUGGCAUUGUUGAGUCAAGCCAUCCAGGAAACUGAACAGAAAAUGGCUGGACUUACUUCAAAAAUGUCUGUGACGCCCGGAAAUAAACUCUCUACCAGAGAUAUCAGUACAUCCCCAAUUUUGUUUCCAGAGUCUCCUCUCCCUGGCACAGAAGCUAUUUCAUCUUCUGUUGAUGUAGCCACAGCUACAGCUGCUGUUUCAAUGGAUGAUAAGGCUGUGAAUACAUCUCCUACUGAACCGGAUAUUACAAUGGGCAGUGAUCAGACUGAGGUGGCUGCUGCCUUAGUCAAUCUCAUUGAGCAAAAGCUGGGCAGAAAUGUUCCAAGUGAAGUACAAACGAUGCUGAGAAACUUUUUUCUGUCUUUUUUGCAAAUAGUGAUCUACAAAAAUAGUCACUGAAUGAGGCAGUAAUGAAGCAUUUUGCUUCCACAUAUCAUGGUUGCUUCUGUGUUCAAUAUGGCUUCCAUUUUUCCAGUUUUAUUUGCAACCAUAAACACAUACACACACAUACACUCCCACAGUUCAGCCUUCGCAUUUUUUAAAAUUGAAUUUCACCCUCAUUAAAAUGUUUUGAUGUGUAGUGUAAAGUAUUUUGUCAAACUUUAUUGAAUGUCUCUAAAGAACAUAAAUGUGAAAAUUUAAUAAUAAUUAUUACCAAUUUAAAUAUAAUAAAACAUUCCACAGAAUGAUUAAAUUAUCCAUCCAUUAGAAAAGUUGUUAAUAAGAAAUUAACAUCAAAAUUUCAUAGAUGCACACAAAAAGAAAAAAAAGAAUAUAGAAAAAAAAUUUUAUCAUUCCAAAAUAUUUUCUUGUCACUUUAAGAACAAGAAAUACUGAAUGAAACAAAUAUUUUAUCAAAUUUGCCUUGUAAAUAAUUAAAACAACCAUUUUUUACUCAUUUCUUUGUUGUCAGUGAUUUUUACUCAAACAAGAGACACCAAAUUUCUAACAUUUUUUCCCUGAAAUUCUACAAUUUCAGUGUUUGUUGUUUGUAGAGUUCAGUAACUCUUCUAUAACUUUAUUUUCAUUUGUAUUUAUUGCUGUCAAAUUAUUUACAUUUCUAUUUAUACAUACACAUGUACAUGUGUGUGUAUAUGCACACAUAUAUAUGUGUGUGUAUAUAUAUAUGUACACACACACAUAUAUAUAAAAUACACACUAUGUGUGUUACUUUUAUAUGUAUAGUUUUGUUUUUUUUUAUAUUAAAUACAUUUUAGUUGAGACAUUACUGGAAGAUUUUUGUGGCAAAAUGGAGAAAAUGCUGUGGAGUAUCUUCUUCCCUGCUACUCUCUCUACCUUACUUUUAAUUUCAGUUAAUCAGCUUAGCCUUUCAUUCUUCCCAUUAACAACAACAACGUACUGAAGGUCCAGUUACUUGACCCCUUACAGUAAACAAAACAACGCAUUUUCAUAAUGGUGCUAUUAUACAAAUAACAAGCAGUUAUUCAUUUUAAUACAGCAGACACCAUGCACAUCCAUCUUCCUUUUUUUUUCAAACCCUUUUAACAGGGACCACACACACACAAACACACAUACACGCAUGCAAACACACAUCCAUUUUAUCGUUUUCAACCCCUUCCACUUCUUCUUAGCUUUCAUUCAGAGAAGAAAAAGGAACAAACCCACCUCAUUUGUAAAAGAAAAAGGAAAAUUAUUUCUUGACUUUUGUUCAACUAUGAAACAAGGACUAAACAUUAAACAGUUUAAAUACACAACAGUAAAUAUCCCAAAUAGACAUUUUCUGUAUAAAUUAUGGCCUUUGGUGAAGUAAAACCCAGUUUCAAAACAUCAGCUCCCAAAGGAUACUCUGGUUGUGAAAAGGUGCUUCUGUCACACAUCAAUUAUAUAAUUUUUUCUAAAUACAUUAUUCAAUAGUAA